GGGACGAGAUUUACCACAAUGAUCCUUGAUCCUUGGUCCAAUGAUCAACGAUCGAUAGCGGGCAGUGGUCUUCUAUCAACCACCAUACUAGACUAGUACUAUUAAUAGCUGGCUAGAAGGAUCUUUACCGGUAUUACGUAAAUAGCUUUCAGUGGCAAUGAAUAGACGAUUUCGUCGUCGAAGCAAGGAUGGAGAGCUGCCACCCCGACAUGCACCGCCAGGAUCAUCUGCAACAACUGGCAAUGCGAGUGACAGUCCAUGGUGGUUGGACCAUCCAGGCGAAGCCAUUCUUUUCGUGAUAUCCCUUCCGGUUUUGUUUUUUAUUGUCUCCAAAGGCCUUUACGGACUCGACCGAUCCCGUUCCAUUCCUCUUUUGAUACCAACCGAGGACGAUAUGUGGGGUCUGCUUGUCGGUUCCCGCGAUGGACGACGUCCUCAGGGUGGCAUACACCGAGAAGACGCACUUCCAGAUUAUGGCGGUCUGGUUGUGCUUCCCCUGAAAAGCGACAAUUUUCAACGAACCAUUCGUCCGAAUGAUGCCAAACAGUAUCACGAGAUGAAAAAAACAGAGUACGCAAACGACAAGGUACAUAUUUCCAAGCGGCAUUGGUUUGACGAUGAGUUGGUGGAUGAAGAAGCUGAAUGUCGGAGACCUAACUGGGAAAAAUUGCAUUUUCCAGUCUGCAAUGCCUUUCAUGAGAUGGACUUGUCCCGUCAUUAUGACUCCAUAUUGGCUCAGAGGAGUGGCGACAGCCAACCCGGGGACAGUGUCUACAUCAGCCACGGGUAUUUCCGCGAUGUUUUCACUGUGACGCAGCCACAGGUAAAUUCUUCUGCUGUGCUCAAAGUGGCUCGCUUGAGCAAGCACGAGAUGAAUUACCGUGCAAUGUUCAAUGCAAGAAGAGACGCUUUGAUUAUGGAACGAUUGACAAGUUCUCCUCACAUUGUGGACAUUUUUGGACACUGUGGUUCGUCGGUGGUGGUCGAGCCUUUGCCGCAUGAAGUAGAAGAAGUCGUAGUACCCAGCGGUGGCUGGAUGUCCCAGAGCGAUUUGAAUGACGCAGAAGACGUGGAUACUCAGAAUGACUAUGAUGUAACAGAAAAACUUGACAUAGCGCUGGAAAUGGCAGCAGGAAUCGCUGAGUUACAUGGCUUCCGCGACGGUGUCAUCGCUCACGACGACAUCCAGCUUUGUCAAUGGUUGCGCAACGAUCAAGGUAAACUCAAACUUGGGGACUUCAAUCGGGCCAGAGUGCUCCAUUGGAACGAGACGAGUGGCCGCUACUGCAACUACGACAACGGAAAGUCGUAUGGCAAUUAUCGCUCGCCGGAAGAAUACUCUGAAAAGGAGUUGUCGCAACAGCAUGAUGUGUGGUCUUUUGGGAACAACAUCUAUGCGCUCCUAACAGGCUUGUGGAUCUUUUAUGAUACAGAAGAUGAUGGGGUUGUUGCAUCGAAGGUUGUCAACGGGAGUGUGGCGUACAUUGACAAUCGUUAUCGAACACGAAGCUUCAUUGAAAGCAAGUUAGUAGAAACCAUGGAAAGAUGCUGGGUGUAUGACAUGGACAAGCGAGCAGAUAUCUUCGAAGUGCUGGACCGACUCAAGAAAACGAAAAAAGAGAGCGAACAGCAAACUCACAACAACAACAACAACGGAUGAUUUGCUCCUGGCGGCACUAUGAACCCGGGUCCUGACAUUUUAGUUUCGGUUGUCUGGUUCUCCCACGGACAGCACUCCCUUGAUGCCAUCACGAACACUACCAUUUCCGGUUCAGUUGCCAACUUGGGCACUAGACGUACAUGUGGUGCCCGAGAGCUGUGCCAAGGUCGACAACAAUCACCUGCGGCGCAACCCAGUCUCUGGCAUUGCCUUUACUAGCGAGGUGAUCAUACUGACUUCAAUGCUCACGCUACCAGGUACUUUACCGUAGGACCUAUUGAACGACUAAUCUGUUUAGAUCAAAGCACAUCAAGACUUCUGUU